AUGGAAAAUUAUAGUACCCCAAAUUUGAAAGAUUGUUAUCCGUUAGAAGUGGAAUAUUGUGGAUCUUGUGGCUUACCCUGCGAUUUAUGCAUUUAUUUUGAGAAUUACGACUCUUGUUUGGAAUGGUUAAAAAAGAAACAUCCUGAUAGGUAUCAAAAGCUUUUGGCUGAAAGUCUAAAAAAUCUACAACUCCGCACGACACCGAGCAACAUAAAUCUCAAAAUAAGUGAGGACAAUCAAUAUGUAGGGCUCUCCGAGAAAUCCGACAAAAAUGGGAAAUGCAAUACUUGGAUCUCAGGACUAAGCAACUUUGGAGUGGAUGUUAAAAACGCUUCUGAAUGUAUAGCGGAAAUUUUUCACUGCGUAUCUUCAGUUGAAGGGGAAGAAGUAGUUGUUCAGGGGGCUCGCAAAAAAGAACUUUACAAUCUAUUAGCAGAAAAGUGGGAGAUCGAUCCGUUUGAUAUGGAAGACUUAGAUGAGCUACAUCCUCUAUAA